AAGAACGUAGCACUACUUUCAAUUUUUUUUGUCAUAUAAUUAUCAGAAUGUCGUACAUUUUUGAAUAAUUAAAAUACAACUGACAAUUUUGAAUACAAAGUAAAUAUCAUUUCAAUGGUUGGCUUGUAACAAUAACAAAUCCAAGCAAUAUGGAAGACCCAAUUGAAAAUCGUCUAAAACCAUAUUUAAUUGACAGCAAUGAUGCACUUGAAUUCAAGUUGGUUCGCAAAAUACACGAUCUAGAUGAUGACAGUACAACAUUCAAACCUGAAAUGUCUCACCAAGUAUUUGGAGAAAGUGAACAAAUAUUUGGAUAUAAGGAUCUCAAAAUUAAACUAUAUUAUUCAGCUGGCUCUUUAGAAACAUAUUUGGGAAUGACUUACGGAGAAAAAAUUAAUAAAAAGAUAUGUGAAGAUGUUGAGCCAGAUGAAGUUCUGAAAAAAAUAUCCAAGUUUCUUGCACCAAAAGUUCACGAUAACAUUGAUUCCUUUGUAAAAGCUCUUUCAAAAGACGAUACUUUUGAACCUGCUGGAGAAUUAAUUUAUUCAUUUACUAUUGAUGAUCAGGGUAAAACAAGAAAUUUUGAAGUUUACAAAGCUGACAUGAGCUAUAAAAAGUUUAAAGAAUAUCAUCAGCAUUUACAAACAUUCCUAUUGUGGUAUGUUGAUGCAGCCAGCUUCAUUGACAUUGAUGAUGAUCAAUGGCAUUAUUUUAACAUGUUUGAAAGGUAUAAAAAUGAAGAUGAUUCUGUGCAUUAUGCUACAAUUGGUUUUGCAACUAUUUAUCAGUAUUAUGCUUACCCUACUCAUACAAGGCCACGAAUUUCUCAAGUUUUAAUUUUGCCACCUUUUCAGAAGAUGGGACUUGGAAGUCACUUACUAAGAGCAAUUUAUCGCGAGUAUAUUAAUCGUGACGAAGUCAAAGAUAUAACAGUGGAAGACCCAUCUGAAGAUUUCCAACGCUUAAGAGAUUAUGUAGACUGUUUAAACUGCAGUACUCUUCCUAGUUUUUCAAAAGAAAAACUCAAGAAAGGUUUCAAUAAGAACAUGGCAUUGGAAGCUGCUGAGAAAUUCAAAAUUAAUAAGAAACAAGCUCGCAGAGUCUAUGAAAUUUUAAGACUGUAUGCUACAGAUAUGUCAGAUGAAAAGGAUUAUCUUGAAUAUCGUCUCGAUGUGAAGAGAAGAUUAAAUAUUCCAUAUAAAAAAGGAGAUAAUGAUAUAAAGAAAGUAGAAGCGGUAUUUAAAACUAUCGACAAAAGUAAAGUCAAUAUUCCUUUGCAAGAUCGUAUUAAAUUUCUUGAAAAGGAAUAUCAUAAUUUGGAAAAAGAGUAUAAAAAAGUAAUUAAAAGACUUGAAACUGCGUCUGAUUGUUGAGAAAAGAGUAUGAUUAUAUUUAUAUUUUUUUACUACGACACUUGUUCAUUUGCUUUUAAACUGUGGUUCAUAAUUAUUAUCAUUUUAUAUUUUCUUCCGUCUAAGAUUAACAUGUAACAAGUACUAUAAAAAUAAUCAAUGUUUUAUUCAAAAAGCUGAACGUUCGUGAAACGAUUCGUUAUUCAAUAUCUAUAUUUACAUAGGAGAAAUUUUUCAACUAGAGAAAAAACAGUGUUGGUCUUCAUAGAAAUUAUUAUGCUGCUCAUCCAUUUUUAUGAUCUUUGUACUUUGUUAUUGUGAGUUCAACGUGUAAAUACUCAUUGUAUUAAUAAAUAAAUAAAGAAUCUACCUAUUUUUUAAA